GUGAGGUCACCGCUAAGGGCGCGGCCACCGGCGGAAAAGGGGCGUGGCCGCCGCCGCCAUGAGGCCGCGCGCGGUCCCGGUCCCGCCGCCGCCGCCGCCCGGGGGGAUCCUGAGGCGGGGGGGGCGCGGGGGCGGCCCCCGGCAGGUGCGGUUCGCGCCCAGCCCCGCGCUCCGGGAGGAGGAGGAGGAGGAAGAGGAGGAGGAUGAAGACGGGGGGCUCCCGGUCCCGUCCCCCCUGGCGACCCCCACCCUGCACAGCAGCCGGGGCGGGCCCGGGGGGGCUCCCCCCGAGGCGUUCGACGCCCCCCGCGCCGCGGCCGCGCUCCUGGGCAGCUCCUUCGCGGCGCGCUCGGCGCUGGGCGGGGCGGCGGCCGCCGCCAUGAACGUGCCGCAAGCGCGGCGCCUCUUCCGCGGCCUCGUCAGCCUGGCCGUGCCCCCCCCGCCGGCCCCGCGCAGGGGGGUCCCCACUGCGCCCCCCCCGCAGGUGCCCGGGCCCCGGCUGGGGGCGCUGGCGGGGGUCGCUGCCGGGGGGGGCGGGGGUCCCUGGCUGCCCCCGCACGCCCCCCCCCGAGCCCCCCCGGGCCCUCCCGCGCUCCCCCGGAGCCGCCUUCGCCAUGUUCCAGAAGCUGCAGCAGUGGGGGGGGUGCUGAGGGGCGGCGACCCCCGCCCCCCCCCCGAAAAUCUCCGUUUUUUCCAUCCAAAAUAAACAAAUAUUUUUGUG